AUGUCGGACGUAGAAGAGAACAACGCCCCCGAGGAGGUCGAGGUUUCGGCCGAUGCCGCCCCCAAGGGCCAGAUGUCCGUUCUGGACGCCCUCAAGGGUGUCUUGAAGGUGGCUCUGAUCAACGACGGUCUUGCCCGCGGUCUGCGCGAGGCGUCCAAGGCUCUGGAUCGCCGCCAGGCGCAUCUGUGCGUCCUUAACGAGGCUUGCGAGGAGGAGGCGUAUAAGAAGCUUGUCAUUGCCCUCUGCUCCGAGCACAAGAUCCCCCUCAUCAAGGUUCCCGAUGGAAAGCAGCUCGGCGAGUGGGCUGGUCUCUGCGUCCUGGAUCGCGAGGGUAACGCCCGCAAGGUCGUCAACUGCUCGUGCGUCGUGAUUACGAACUGGGGCGAGUCGUCCAGCGAGAGAGAUAUCCUCCUGGCGCACUUCAACGAGAACUAG